CCAAUGUAUUGUUUCACGCAGUGAUCUCCCUUACGAAACAAGUACAGUUACUUACUGCUCCGUUGUUCAGCAGUGAAGCAGCAUAUUGCUUCACCGACGAUUCAGUCUCCCGAACCAAUGGCAGCUAGGCUCCCGGCAAGGCAUUUUGCACCACGACACUCCUGAAUAUUUUGGUUGAUUAACAACGUGCUCGCUAUACACGCAGACGUAUUCGAUCUCCAACAAGUUGCGGCCUCCGUCGAUGAUCUCGUCUGUCAAAAGCUUGCGCUGUCUCUCUGGAGUCGCAGCGCUCAUUUGCUUCCUCGUCCUCUACUUCCAUAUCCACGAAGCGCAACUGCCACGUCACCUCGAACUACGCCAAGCAAUCAAGCUCGGAUCAUCAAGACGAUCGAUAGUAUGGCGGGUCGACGAACUCCCAGAGACGAGUCAUGAUCCAUUAAACCGAUUACGCACCAUUGAAUAUGGUCCCUUUGACGGCUCAGUCCCACAGGAAGUCUCUGUCAAUGAGCCGUUCACCGUCCACUUUACUUGUCUAAAUGACACUUUGUGUCCAGAAAGCUUCGCAGCACUUAUUGUAGGUCCUGCGCAACAUGUCUUCACCACUUCACACAAUGCAUCACAAGUAGAGAAACAGCAUACUUUCCAGAUCGCAGAGCCAGGCACGUACAAAGUCUAUCUCUGGCCGCACUUUGGCACGAUUUGUGCAAAGUACUUCAAUACACCCGAUCCCUGGUAUGAGCGUCUUGCAACGGGAUCACCUUUCACGCUACAUGUCACAGGCGGACAUCCUGUACGCGUGACGAGCUCGGCUUGUCGAAAUACAGAUGAUAUUCUUGAUGGCCGUUGGGUGCACACAGCCGAUCUGCAUAUGAGCGAGCUUGCCCAGCUAGGUUUCGACCCAUACGAAACAUACAUCAGGCAAGAUCGUGCUCAACUCGCACCAUACAUCUGGCUACCCUACACCUGUCACGUUCAACACCGCUCUAUGUACUCUCAUCUCGCACGUCUCAAAGCGAAACAUAUCUUGUUCUUGGGGGAUAGUGUCGUGCGUGAUCCAUUCUGUCAGUUCAUCUACGAGCCAACGUCACUGGUACUACUUGUGAUGCUAGCAUUGGCUGGGAUUAUCAAUGGCAGACGAAGCAAAUCACAAUUCGCUAUGGCGAUUCACCAGAAGAUGAGAAAUUGCUGUCUUUUGUCAUGACCACCAAUGGGUUUGGUGCGGAUGGAAAGGCACCACUGAAAGACGAGGAAGCGAGGAUCACGCCAACGCAUGUCAUCUGGAAUCAAGGACUCUGGUUUCAGCUUGCU